UCAUAUGACAGCGGCCAGUUCCUUCCAAACACUACGCUACGACUCUUAAUUGUAAAAACCCAGUUGCAAACAAACCCAACACAGACCUGUUAAUCCAGCGUCUCAGAAUGUUGGCACUGGUUAACCGCCUCCUGGACUGGUUUAAGUCUCUCUUCUGGAAAGAAGAGAUGGAGUUAACCCUCGUCGGACUGCAGUAUUCGGGGAAAACUACAUUUGUUAACGUGAUCGCGUCGGGCCAAUUCAACGAAGACAUGAUUCCAACUGUGGGGUUCAACAUGAGGAAGGUCACAAAAGGCAAUGUCACCAUCAAGAUCUGGGAUAUAGGGGGUCAGCCGAGGUUCAGGAGCAUGUGGGAGCGAUACUGUCGAGGAGUGAAUGCAAUAGUGUACAUGGUGGACGCAGCAGACCAGGAGAAGGUUGAAGCUUCCAGAAAUGAGCUGCACAAUCUCUUAGAUAAGCCACAACUACAAGGAAUACCUGUGUUGGUGCUUGGAAAUAAGAGAGAUCUACCCAAUGCAUUGGAUGAGAAACAGCUCAUUGAAAAAAUGAACUUGGCUGUUAUUCAAGACAGAGAGAUCUGCUGCUACUCUGUUUCCUGCAAGGAGAAAGAUAACAUUGACAUCACACUUCAAUGGCUAAUCCAGCACUCAAAAUCAAGAAGAAGCUGAAAAUGUCUUCAGUGGGCCAAGUCUAUCCGCUGCCAUGUUACUCUCACACCACAUCCUGCUCACUUUGUGAAACUGUACAGUUCUCCAUCCUGCUCCCCAUCACACUACCCUGCUUGUCUGACCCCAUAAUUCUUCUCAAGCUCCUCCUCCUGACUGCAUCAGUCUUCUCAAUGAUGCAUCAGUUGCUAAAAGACGCUAGCCCGCAGAAUGAGUUCCUCCACCUAUUACAGUGUGCUGACAGAUGAACACAAUGGAUUCAAUCCCAGCAGCUCCAGCAGCCUCCACUGGACACUAUUUUAAAACCGUUGAGAAUCCAAACUUUAAUAUCAUGUUCUGCCUUUCUCUUCAGUCUGUCAGGUUAUGCUCAUAUGAGCGUGUGAUAUCAUUUGGACUGUUGCAUUUAUUUUAGCCAUUUCUCUUGUGCCCCCCCCCCCCCCCAAUUGGUGUCUCUUGAGAAAUCUGUAAUAUUUACAUUUGCAGAGCAAUUAAAAGGAUAGUUCACUUAAAAGUGCAAAUUCUGUCAUCACUUAUUCACUCAUGUUUCAAACCCAUUUGACUCUUUUGUGGAACACAAAAGGAGAUGUUUAAGAAUGAUGGGGACUGACAGCCUCAGUCACCAUUCACUUUCAUUGCAUCUUUUUUUCCAUACAGUGAAAGAGAAUGGUGAUGAAGUCCUUUACAUUCUGCCUAACAAAUCUGUUUUUGUUCCAAGGAACAAAGUCAUACCGGGUUGAUACCCCAUGAGGAUGAGUAAAUUAUUUUUUCAGAAUUUUCAUUUUCAUUAAACUAUGCCUUUUAAAGUAAAUAAACAGCUCAGCAGAAAUGUACAAAUGAUGAUUCAGUAAGAUUUUUAGAAAGGUGAAUGUUAGUAUAUUUGAGAAGAUGAAUAUAUUGCUGGUAAAGAUGUAGUUUUGUGCAAAGAUGUCUUUGAAUCCUGUUCAUGAGCUGAGAUGGACAAUAGGCGAAGUUAAAGUGCCUUGUGCAGUGUAUCUUUCCCUCAAUAUGAACAGUAUACUGGGUGUGCCUGCCUGGAACUAGAUCCGAUGAAGACGACUUUCUUCUAACUGCAAAACUGAAGGCAUGCUUUUUAAGGUAGAUUAUUGUACUGUUGUCAUCAUCAAAAUAUUGAUAUUGAAACCCCACUAUUAUCAAUGCACUUUUGUAAAUACGAUGAACCAAUAAAUAGAUUGUC